AUGGAUAAAUAUAUGUAUUUUAGGCCGAACAUCAGGGGCAUACUGGUCUCUAUUGGCGUUUUAUUAAGGAUUUCUCCAAGAUUGCUAACCGGGUGCGAGCUUCUUGAAAAAGAAGCUAAGUUUAAUUUUGAUGAGAAAUGUUGCAAGGCGUUUGAUGAGUUGAAGAAGCGUGUUACUUCUGCUUCUAUUAUUGUUUCACCAAAUUGGUCACUACCAUUCGAGUCAAUGUGUGAUGCGAGCGGUUUUGCUGUUGGUGAUGUGCUUGGCUAUCAAUUGGUGUCCAAGGUGGUUGUAUACACUGAUCAUGCGACAUUAAGGUAUCUUAUGGCCAAGAAAUAUGUAAAACCACGAUUUAUUAGAUGGGUCCUCUUGCUGCAAGAAUUUGACUUCGAGGUGAAAGAUCGCAAUGGGUCUGAAAAUCAGGAUGUAAAUCAUCUCUCACGGCUUGAAGAAGCUGGGAGACAAUCAUAUGAGCUUGAUAUAGACAAUGCAUUCCCAGAUGAGAGAGUUCUAGCGGUGUCGUCUGAGGUGGCACCAUGGCAUGCAGAUAUCGCCAACCUUUAA